AUGAAUAAGCCAGAAGAUGGCCACAUCGCCGCAGCCAUAACCCAUAACCAUGGCUAUUGCUGGGGCUCGUCCAGCAGUGAGAAAACGCAAUCAGUAUACUUCGGACCUCACUGCUGGAUAGAUCGCGAAAAUAAUGCUGAAAAGAAUUUUAUUUGUCGUAGUUUUGUGAUAUUCAAGAGCGGCUUAGCUGAGACGCCAGAUGCAUAUUUACUAAAAACCUAUAGUCUUCCAUCGGACUUGAAUUUUAUGCCCACUGGCAAUGGUCAUCUGGGCUAUACGGUCUUCGGAGAUGCCAUCUUUAUGAAUGGAGUUUACAAUGGACCCGGUGGAAAUAGCAAAAGAGCUCGGAUUCCCAACUGGCUGAAUAUAAGCACCGAAGUUUGUGAUCGCUUUGGCUGUGCUUCUGGCGGGGAUGUGGAGGUGAAUGGAACUAGCUACGAAAUGGAUCUAAGGGAUGGAUAUUUCCUCCUCACAACCUAUAAAAGUCUUGGGAUCAAAGUGGAGCAGAGAACCUAUCCACACAGGUACUACAAUCGAGCUUUGGUCUAUGAGGUGGUGGCCACCAGGCUUACCUCUAGUACUUCGAGAGUUAAUUCUCCCCAGUUCCUGAAACUCACACAACAUCCUGGUGCCCCCAGCGAUGCUUUUGAGUUUGUGGUACUGAAUAAUGGCAGCUCAUCAUCCAGCGGAGAUUUUCGCAUCCUUCGAGGUCGCACACAGAUCCUGGAAUUUGAGAAAUUCCAACCGAAUCCGCAAGAGAUUUUUAUCUUUAGUGAAUCCUUGGAUCACCCUCUGCAACUGGAGUGGCCCGCCUGGCAGUCGGAGCUACAACAUCGCAUCCUUAUAACCAUAGAUAGACAGGAAAAUGUGGCCCGCAAGGAACUCCAAGAUGUGCUCCAGUUAAGCCCCAAAAAUCUUCUUAAAAAACACACUGAUGCCUGGAACAAUUUCUGGGACAAUGAAUUCUCCAUUGGGUUAAAAGGAGACGAUGUCCUGGAGCUAUCUCAGAUUGUCAAUGCUGGAAUCUUCUAUUUGGUUAGUUCCCUGCCAUCGCUGGUAACCAACCAGGAGAAUGAACCCUUCUAUGGAUUAAGUCCCACUGGACUGGGACGGGGCAAUCUGGAGGCGGACUAUCAAGGCCACAACUUUUGGGACACAGAGAUCUGGAUGCUGCCAAUAGUAACCCAAUUCAGCUUACAGUAUGGCAAGGAUGUGCUUGGCUAUCGCUUCAGGAAUUUGGAGGGUGCGAGAUAUAACGCUAAUGUAACAGGCUAUAAGGGAGCCAGAUUUCCCUGGGAGAGUGCCUACACUGGGAUGGAGGUCACAAAUCCCUGUUGCCCGGAGGUGGCUCAACAGGAGAUUCACAUAUCUCCCGAUAUCUUUGCCAUGGAAAAGUUUUUCGCCCAAUCGAUAGACUAUGUCUGGACUUGUGACACAGCCUGGCUAGCAUCGGAGGUGGCGGAGUUCCUGGUGAGCAGAGCCACCUGCGAAGAGAGAGAAUCUAUGUCAUUUCUUAAACUAAUGGGUCCGGAUGAGGAUCACCCGAAUGUGGAUGAUAAUGUCUACACAAACGCUGUGGCCAAUGCUUUGGAGUUCGCCGAAUGGGCGGGCCUAAUGUGUGGCAAUACAAGCACCGAACUAUUUGAAAAGUGGCGCCAAUUAAGUGAUCGGUUAGUAAUCCUAAAAGAUGACGAAUUGGAUUAUCAUCCACAGCACCAGGGUUACGCUCCGAACACCAUUGUCAAGCAAGCAGAUACCAUUUUGCUGGGAUAUCCUCUUAGAUUCGAUACCAGCCGGACCCAUUUGAAUGAUCUGAAUAUAUAUGCAAAUGUGACAAGAGAAUCGGGACCGGCCAUGACCUGGUCCAUGUUUGCCGCUAAUUAUUUGAACACCAGCCAGGAUUGGCGAGCUCACGAGUACUUCGAGCGCGGCUAUAAGAGCUAUGUUCGACCCGAGUUUAAGGUGUGGAGCGAGACUCCGUUGGGCUACGAGGGAUCAGCGAAUUUCCUCACCGGAAUCGGGGGCUCUCAAGCCCUUAUCUUCGGUUACGGCAAUUUGGACUUUGGUGAAGGCAAUAAGACGACAUUGUACAAGGGUAUUUCAUUGACGCCACCAAAUGUUGACGAAGUUACUGUAAACUCCAUACGAUAUGGGGAUAGUAAGUGCAGGCUACUUUAACAACUUGUCUUCGGAAAUAUGGUGUACAAUGGUGUCUGGUCCUGGCUUUGAAUGGUUCAGAACCAGAAGAGAACCAUGCUUGGCAAAUCUUUCAAAUUGACCCAUGCAAGAGGAGAUUCACCGCUGCAGAUCAGCAUUUUGAGAUAAAUCCAAAGUGU